AUGGCGACGACGACAGCAGCCACCGGCACGGUGGUGCUGGUAGACGCGGCGCUGGCUCCGUACGAGCACCCUGACCUCCGGUGGCUGGUACGGAAGCAUGUCCUGGCCGUCCUCCAGGACUUCCCCACCCUGUCGCCGUCCGUCGACACCUACACCAGCGACAGCGGCGCGUCCACCGUGCUGCUCAACGCGCGGGGCCUCCUCACCGUCUCCUCCGCCCUGCCGCCGGUGCUCCUCACGCUAUGGCUUCCCCGGGAGUACCCGUACCUGCCGCCGCUCGCCUACGUCUUCCCCGCCGCGCCGUCGUCGGCUUCGCUUUCGCUCGCCCGCGACCACCCCUUCGUCGACCACCGCACCGGCCGCGUCCGCCGCACGCUGCCCUACCUCGAGGACUGGGCCGUGCCGCGCUUCAGCCUCGCCGGACUCGUGCGGAGCCUUGUCGGGGCCUUGCGGAUGUGCCACCCGCUGACACCCCGCUUCGGCUCCGUCGUCGUCCACGCCACGACCACGACGCCGGUGGAGGAGGAGCAGGAGCGCAUGCGCACGGCGCUGCUCGACGAGCUUGUCUCGAGGCUGGGCAGGGACACAUCCGCCUUCCGCGGCCACGUGGACGAGGACAUACACGCCAUGUACUCCAUUCAAGGCAGCCUCCGAGAGCGGGCCGACGCCAUGGACCGCGCCGUCCGCGACCUCGAAGACGAGAGGAUGCGGCUGGAGCGCGCCGUGACGGCCAGCCUUAGCCACCGCGGCAAGCUGCUGGCCUGGCUGCACAAGACAAGCAGCCGCGUGCCCGACGCGGGAGCGGCACCGCCUCUGGCACCGCACGCGGCGGCGGGCGACGCGCCGCGGUGGCUCGAGAGCAAGGCGUCGGAGCUCGCCGUCGACGACACCGUGGACGCCCUUGGCCACGCCCUGGAGGACGGCGACCUCAUCAGCCUCCAGGAGUACAUCAAGCGUGUCAAGGUGCUUGCUCGGGAGCAAUUUUUCCAUUGCCAUGCAGCAUCCACCUCGAUGAGCAGCAAGGUCACCAAAUAA